UCUCCUAAGAAGGUCUUGUCGAAUGUUACAUGUCGAAAUUACAGCACAUAUCGAAUGAAAAUACUCGUAUAGUUCAAGUGACCAAUACCAGGAAAACAAUAAUAGAUAAGUACAGCGAUGUCCAAAGAUUGUUUAAAGGAAGACCAUCAUAAAUAGCAAUGGAUUGAAUGCCUACCAAGAGAAGGACAGGAGAAAAUCCUAGGAGACAGUGGGGCGAAGGCAUAAAGAAAGCUAUGGGCGAGAGAAACGUGCUCAGUGGCGGCAAAAUGUAGCGGGAGCACAGCCAGGACAAAACCCGAAAACCGGCCUAUGGAUAGAUCGAUAUUAAAAUCAUUGCAUAUCAUGUAUACGACAACAAAACCGUCUCGGCCGCAUGUAAUUUGUUGCACACUUAUAAGCCAUCAGGUGCCAUCAAUCAACCAGUUUGGUUCACCUCACCACAGUGACAUUUAAUCAAGCUCCCACCAUUACAGGUCUAACAAACGUCAAGUGCAAACUUGACAUCAUCAUAUAAAUAGUGAUAUUUAAAACCAUUUUUAAAACUACUGCUAAUGAGUGAAGUGGUGUCACAAUGGAUAUUACAUCGCCUUGGGAUUAUUAUCGACAUGACUCCCGAGAACUUUGCAACUAGAACGUCAAACGGCCAUUUAUUAGCACAAAUUCUUCAAAGCUAUGAAAUAAUUACUCCCGAAGAAUUAAGUAUCAUCAAAGAAUCUGAUCAGGUGAAAGACAGUUAUGAUAAUUUUCAACAUAUUAAUUUGUGGUUACGACAUAUGGAUUUGACGCUUAGUGUUGACGAUCUGUAUGAAAUAGUUCAUGGAGUGGGGUCAACUUCUUUACAUUUAUUUUUCCAAGUAUUUCUUCAUUUGAAAGAUCGAACUAAAUUAGACUUUCUGUCUGGAAAGGAGUUAGAUAUUCAACUGGAAAAAAAUGUUCACAGAUUUUGUGUGAAAUCUGUCGAAGAUUCUCAAGACCCCAAUAAAUUUGAUUUGCAUAAAGAAGAAUACUGUGAACCACUUCUAGCCGGAGGUGAUGUUUACCAUUGGUAUAAGAACCGUAUAGAAAAUUUACAAAUUAAGUGCAAGGACGUAAGAGAUGAAUAUAUCCACAACGUCAAGAACAGGUGCAAGUCGCUUUCUGACGAAAGUGGAAUUCAGGAAAGAGAUAGCGCGUUCGUUUUAGCACGAGGACUUACCAUUAGCCCCAGGCGAUCAAAUGUAAGUGAAAAUCCGACAGCUAUGCAUUUAAACGAUGAUCUCCGCUCUCCAAAUCUAACAAACCAUGAUAACUUAGUGGAACAACAGAAGAAUGUUCUAAAAUACCAAGUUUUUAAUCCCGACGUUGCAAAAGCAAAUAUUAUUUUGAAAAAAUUGCGUGCUAAAAGUAAAGUCCGCCUGGAAAACAGGAUAUUAAGAAACCAACUUCAUCAGCAAAUAAUGAACUCAUUCGAUACAAAGAUUAAUGACAAUAAAUCUCAGUCUGCAGAAGAAGUUCUUAAAGAUGUGUUUAUGCAGCAAUCCCUAUAUGAAAAAGAUCUGGUCACAAAAUUGGGCCAAAUAAAGAUAUUUAAGGAAUAUAUGUUAGAGAAUAAUUUUCAGCAAACGCAGAUUCUGAACAAGCAAAAGGAGAAAGCUUUUGUGGAUCAGUUAAUAUUGAAAAACAAAGAACUUAACGAAACGGAGAUUACGUACUACUUUGAAAGGGAAAGACAGCUUCAGCUUCAUAAAGAAAUUUGGAAAGAGAAGCUGCGCUUGCGGCAAAAACGAAAUGAAGAAAUGUGUUCUAAUAUCCUAAGCAACAUUAUAGAUAUGUCUUUAAAAAUAUCCGAAUACAAAAAACAAUAUGGCGCAGAAGCAUUCAGAAGAAAAAUGGAACAUCAAAACGAUAUGUUUCGAGCUGCGCAGUCGGUGUUUGACAUUUCUGAAAGCUCUAUAGGUAUUCUAAAAGGCGACGAAUUUGAUAUACCAGAAGAAAUAGUGACAAGAGAAACCUUCAAGGAAAAUGCGUUAGAUGAUCAGGAAUUUGAUCGUUAUAUGAAAUUUGAAUGGCCAUGGGAACUAAAAAAUGUUAAUAUUGAAUUGGAUAUGUUCAAUCAUAUUACUUGGGGACUAAACGUAUUGGGCUACAUGGUUCACCGCGCCCUAAGUAUAAAAUAUCCAAUAGUUCCCUUAUGGGAGAAGCCUGAAUUUCCGGAGUGUUCUGUUCGGGUUUGCAUUAAUGACCUUAAUGAUACGUCGAUAUUGCCAAAUCUCAGUAGCUUGCUAUCAAAAAGAGAAAUUAGAGUUAUACAAUUAUCCGAGACAGUGGAUUUUUGUAUAGAGGCUUAUGAGAACGAAAGUAAGCAAAAAUAUGAUCAGGAUGUCCCUCACCUUGAGAUCAAACAUGAUAAGGAAGAGCGAAAAAUUAAGAAAGGUUCUAAGUCAAAAAGAAAGAACCGACCAGAACGAGAAGGCGGCAGUAAUAAUAGUCUUACAAAUAUAGAUACGCGCUUAGAAAGCAAAUUUGUUCAAACACCCUUGAAAUUUCCGUGUGAUGAGAUUCCAUAUACAUACACAGCUUUGUUGGGUAGAACUGCUCAGGACCUUUUAAACGAAGGGCAACCGUUAGGAAAUUUUCUUUUAAUCGAUAUGUUUGUUGAAUACCUAAAAUCUAUACCAACAUUGAAAGGAUGGGUGUUGGUAAACUAUCCUUCGAAUUUCGAACAGGCUACCAUCUUAGAAGAAGCAUUUUCUGGUACAAAAUUGUUAGAUCCUAAUAUGAGAUUGACUGCUGCAAAAAGUUUAACCGAUAUUACAGAGUAUGCGGAAAGCCUAGACAAAGACGAUUGCAGUUUAUAUAAUGAUGCUAAGCGAAUUUCAAAAGUUCUUCCUAAUCCUCUUUCUUCUGAACAGACAAAGAACUUAUAUGACACUAUUCUCACAGCAUACAUUAGAAUUAAAAAGCUCUCGCUUGAGGACAGGUCUGGAGAUAGUGCGCUACCCCCAACACAGGAAGAUUUAGACGCUCAACCAGAUCCUUUAGAAGAAUUUUAUUCAAAUGCUGGUGCAAAUUACUCUUUAUACUAUAAAGAAUUUGAUUCAAGUACCGUUAAAAGUCUUGCAAAGUUAAUAAUUGGCGAUUACAGUCUGCCUUUAAAGUCUUCAUUAGAGCUUUUCGGGGACAUAGGCAAUUUAGAUCGACAACCUUCCAAGCGUGUUGGAGAAGUAAAAAUGACAAAGAAAGGAGAGAAACUAAAAAAACCGAAGCGAAAAAUAAAUUUGGAAUCUAGCACUAACGUCUCUAAUAAAACCUCACAGAAAGCAGAUAAAAAAGGUACGAAGGGCAAAUCAAAAGUUUCGACUCUUUACGAAAACAAACAAGUUCAAGUGCCAUCCGAAGAUGAGGAAGAUGUUGAUUUAAGCGAGUCUGCUGUCGAAGUAAUUGAAGCUGGACAAGAAAGCUGGCAAUACACUAAAAUGGACUGCCCCGAAGAACUUCUCAUAGCUUUAGCUACGCUAUGGGAAAAUGUCGAAGAAAUAUAUAUCAAUGAUUUGAAACAAGUUUUCUUUCUGAAACGAAUCAACUUAGGUUUACUAAUGCCGUUUGUUCAACACGUUAAAGAUAUAAUGAGCAGGAUUAUCAACAGACCAGACUAUCGAAGUUUGUACUUAUCAAAGUUUCAAAAAGCAUUUAAUUCUUUUGAAAUGAGCUACAGGAUGGAUGACGAGUUUAAGACUGAAAUGUACUGUAGGAUCGAAGAUUUUAAAGAAAAUUUAGUGGAAAUGAGUGACAUUAAAAUGAUGGAAUCUGAAAAUUUAAGGUGCCGAAUCAUUAACGCUAAUUGGACCCCUUGUCAAUUGACCGAACUUAUUAAUAUCUAUAUAAAUAUGAUUCAAAUUGAAAUGGAUAGAUUCAUCGAUAGUGUUCGAUUAAUAAAUGACUAUUUCUUGGGUCUGAUUGCAGAAAUGCCCACGGAAGAAGAAAACUAUGAAGAAGAGCCCAUACCAAAAUAUCACGGAAUCAAUUGCGAAGCUGUUAACAGCAUGCUUCGCGACAUGUCAAGUAUAGUCGAUCUGUCCCAGUUUGAUGAAUUGUUAUCAAGUGUUGUGCAAAAAGUGCAUAGUUGUACAAAAAAGAUGAAUGGUUUUGUUGCAAACAUUAAGGAAAAAAUUAAAGCGUCUCAAAUUAUCAAACCGAAAUCGAAAACCAAAUCUGGCAGUCCUAAAUCGGAAGCCUCAAAAAAAACGCUAAAACCGUCCGAUCUAGAAUCGAAAGAACUGAAAGGCAGCUACGAUAAAAUUGUGGAGGAAUUUGAUACUGCUGUUAGAGGAGAGACCCUCCGAGUGUUACUGCGAGUUGAUCUACUAAAAUACGAUGCCCUACAAUCCAUUGAAGAGUUCCUAUGUUGUAUUCAAAGUUGUUUUCAUCAAGUUAUUCAGCAAAUUAACUCAAAGUACACAAAUGACAUAACGAAUAUAAAUAUUGUUUGCAAUGUGUUUCGUGCUGCUGUUGAAGAGGAAGAUUUGGUACAAACCGAAUUACAAUUAGAUGGCAACGAAUUUUUGAUUAAUCCUGAAAUCAAGGUGACUGAUCAAGCGCCAAUUAUUGAGCAAUCAACGUUAGAAUUAAUUGAAGAUGAAGUAUUUACCAUAGAGCAGCUUUCCCAAAUCGCCGAUAUUUUUCUGGACUUGAGCCCUGGGGGAUAUUUGCCAAAGUCGACUUUUACCCUUAUUUUACAAGACAUUAUCUGGGCUUCUGCAGUAUGUGCUGAUCUGAGUUCUCCUCCAAAACUGUGGAGAAAGAUAAACUCGCAGAGCUUGAAUAAUGUUAUCAGUGAACUAUUUGACGAUUUAGAAUAUGUCUAUUGGAGAGAUUUUAUAAUUUACAAUAUUCAAGUACCCUUCCCGACAGAACAAGAAUUACUAUUAACUAGGGCAGCUUUAAAGGAAUGCGACCCGGAUGGAACGGAAUUAGUUCAAGAUUAUCAGUUUUUUGCAGCAAAGCUGUGGUUUGAGCACCUCGAGCUGGGAGCCGGUCGUAAAAUUGGCAAUAUUAAAAAACUUAUUUUCAAACUUUACUACAUACAAAAUUAUGGAGUAAAUUACACAGCUUUUCUACUAGACUUUUGCAAAGCCGACAAUUCGGUCGAAGGAUUUGCUAAAGCACUGGAACUUUCAAUGGGAAAAAGAGUCUGUUGGAACACUGAAACUGGCAAUAAAUUCAAAGAAUUGCAGUUGGAAAAGAUCCUUCGAUUUGACAACGAUGUAAAAAUGAGAGAUGAAGAAAGGGCUAUUUAUUUCAAGGCUGUGCAUGAGGAAGUUUCAAAGCUGAUAGACCAAGUUGUAAAUAUAUGUGACGGUGUCAUUAUUGAAGAUUUGGAGCUUCCACAGGUGGAUACAAGUUUAAGUCCAGACAAAAGUUUGGAAAAAUCUUUGGAAACCGAUAUGGACCGGCCGAGCAAAGAAAACGUAGUUCCAAUAAUUAACCCCCAAGUUGAUGACAACAGUGAAAAAACCGUUGAUUCAAGUUCUCAGUUAGAAAUCUCUAAAUCUUUGAAAGACCUGCCAAAUAAUGUUUACUCCGAAAGUAAUGACUUUGCAGAAUUCAUCUUUUUUUUAUCAUUAGAUCCCAUCUUAGAAUUAAUUACAGCAGCAAUCCCGUGGCAUUCUCGAGUAGAAAAUAUUGGAGAUUUGACCUUUUGGGAACAUGCUGCACACAUUUUUGAAUCUCUCAAAAACCCGGAUUUUAGGAAUUCUGUAUUUGCUCAUGAAUUUCUCAACACAACUGAGUUUUUAAAACUUCUCUCUCAGACUAAAAAGUUUCGUGCUAUAGAUCCUGUAACCGUAGUAAAAGACACUCUUUCCAAAAUAAAUAAUGCUUCUCAACACAGUAAUAUUGAAAAUUGCUAGAACUCUCAAACAAGUGUAGCUCGCACUGUACCUCAAAAUUAUUUUAUUUUGUGAAUGGCUGAUUAAUAAAGGAAUUUAUUUUGA